GUUCCGGUUGGCGAGCCUGAGGCCCAAGCUCCGCAGAAAACAGAGAAACACGACCGAUAGGAAAAACAACCCAAUUUUGAAUCGGAUUUGGACCCAAAAUCUGAUCCCGAUCGCUCUUCAAUUGCCCACAGGCCGAUUUGGAGAGGAUGUGAGGGUGUUGAUGGCGGGCUCGUCGAGUUGCUCCAGUUGAAGGAGGAUGGCCUUGAUGGCGCCCCGAGUGCCGGGUGAGAUCGGCGUGAGUGCGUGCCGAGCUCGAGCCGGUCCUGACUUGGAUCCGGGCGAGCCGGGUCAGCCGGGUCAGACGGGUCAGCCCCUGGGCGUGCUCUUGUCUCGGGCGGAGCGACACUGGGACUUGGCCGAGCACGACUUGAGUUUGGCCAAGUCCGUGAUGGAGCGCCCCUCGCCGGCCGGCGUCAAGAGCGAGUCGCCGAGUUUGUACGCGCGGCUUUUGGCGCUGCAUGUGCAGGAAUCGCAGAAGGAGCCGCAGAGCUCUCAUUUGAACCCGUGUUCCAAUCUGUUGAGUCAGUUGUGUGGGCGGGAUCCGAGUUUGCGGCGACUGAUUGUCACGCUCGAAGCUCGAGGUUACACGUGUCAUGUGACGGCGGCCGCGCCCGCAGCCGACCUCGAGUUGCUCAAAUUGCCUUAUGAAGAAGAGGAUCUCUUGGGUUACAUCGACGCCCAGGAGAUUCCGCCUUUACUCCUCGAUCUCUUGGACGGACUGAAGUUCAAUCUCUUCUAUGAAGGCUGCCUCAUUGUCGAGGUCCGAGACUUGCGACGCAAAUCGCCGGCGCUUUUGGGCGUGGGUGGCGGAACGGCGGCCCGUCCCGUCGUGUUAGGCGGCUGUGAGGUCCAUCACGUCCUUCUGAAGCCCACCACUCAGUCCAUUAUCUGUGAUAGCAACCUCUUGGCGCAGCAAAGCGCGAAAGUGCUCUCCUCGGAGGAGCGCGUGGCCCUGGAGGCUCAAGUGGUUCUACAAACUCAAACCAAGCCGUUGUGCCUGGACCCGGAUCCCGUGGUGUCCAUCAUGGCCAAGAAGGCGGACGUGGCCCAGAAGAAGUUGUCGAGUGUGGCCACCCGGCGGGCCAUGAACAAGCACUCGCAAGUAGGUCUCAACCGGAAACGAAAACUCGAGCAGUGCUCGGCUCCCAAAGAGGUGGCCCUCUUGGACUUCAUUCAAACGUUGUCCAGCAAGCGAACCAAAGGUUCGCCGAGCGAGGCCUUGCAACGCCAUCAGAGUCUGGCCAAGCAGAAACUUCGAUCUCAGAGCUCGAGUGAAAGUGUGUGGAAUAGUGGCGCUUCGCCGACGGACCUGCUCCCUUCGUUGGAAGCGCCUCAAGCCACGAAAGUGUUGGAAUUCGCCCGUCCCAUGGUCAAACGCACCGAGGUGACGGACAUGACCCCGCACAUUGUGGAAGAGUACAUAUUGGAGACGGCUGAGCGCGGCUCUCAACGCGUGUAUCACACAAGACUGACCAUAUUUCAACGACUAGCCAAUGACGAGUACCUGGGGGAGCUCUACGUGGAGCGGGACUAUCGGGAGAACGAUAACAAGGGAUCCACUUGCCGAUUUGUCUUAGGCACCCGACCGCAUGCUUUGCGAUACAUCAACCAGUUCACUGAGAUUUUCACGGAAGAAGGCCGGAAGUCGGUCAAAAUCACCCACAAAGUGCCCAAUCAGGCGCCCAGAGUGAGUUGUACGCCCGGCAUGAGGGAAAGGAUCAACAAUGAGCGAGCCGCUCUGAAUCGGAUCACGGCGCCCAUCCCGGUGUCACAAGCCAACAGUGCUCCCGCCACGGCUGUGUCCUCCCAGGCGCAGCAGGUGGCCUCCAAUGGUUCUUCGUCGGGGGCGUCGGUUGUGUCGCCCAACGUUCAGGUGGGAACCCCCCAACCGGCUGUGCUCCAAAAGAAAAUUAUUUCCAUGCAACCCACGGCGUCUUCCACGGCGCCCAUCUUACAGCAGCAAUUGAGCUCGCCCACCACUAGUAUACAACAGCAACUCCCGCUCCACCCAUUGCCGCCCACUCAAUCUGUCAAUGUGAGCCGAGCCACCAGUGUUCCGGUGGUCAGUGCCCCUCGCAUCAUUAAUAACGGACCCCCAACUAGUGUGGUGAGUCAGAAUCCGUUGACCUCACCUCACACCCCUCAGCAGCCCAUGUUGCCCUUGACCCCUCACCCUAUGACUCCCAUGGCUCAACCUAGCCCUGCCCCCACCACGCCCCUCUCUGUGGCGCCCACCACCCCGAUGACUCCCCAGCAACCUUCACCGGCCAUACAGAACCUGAAUCCUCCCACACCUAAUGCUAGUACCAAUGGGCCCCAAGAUAUGCAAGAGCAAGCCAUAUCCGCCAUAAUGCAGUCUCUGAUGAAUGACAGUGAUCAGUUCGAAGCGGAAAAGUGCAAGCAACAACAUUUGCCUUCACCAGUGUCUGGACAACUGGUUGGAGGAGCUCAACUCCCUACCAGACCGGUUCCUCCCGCCUCCCUGGCCGGAGUAGUAUCCAAUAGCAAGCCUAUCACAAGUACCUGUGGGUCUGCCAAUUCAAAACUCAUGGCCAAUCGCGUCACCUUCCAAAAUCUGCUGAGUGCCCAAGUGCAGACUCCGCCUCCGGCCACGCCACCCUCUCCAUCCAGUGUUGGCAAUACGCCGUCAAAGGCCAAUUCAAUGCCACAGCUAGCUGCCCAACUCUCGCGACCUGUGAACCUGCCCCCCACUUAUACGCAAGCCGUUGCUCAAGCUCAAAUCCAGGCUCAUGUGGUCCAAACCAGCUCCGAUGGCGAGGCGAGGACUUUGAUUGUCCAACAACAGGGACAGUCGCAGCCACAGAUCUUGCGCCGGCAGAGCUCGAGUGGUGUGGGAGACUUGACC